CACGAGCUAGGGUACCAUUGGAUUUUUGGAGGGCCUAUGCUAAACCUGCAUUACAACAAAUUUCAGGUCUGAAUACGGAACGGAAAUAGAUUUGAACACAACGUUAGACAAGAAUAAUCUGAAAGUUCUUAUGUAACAUGAUCACUGUGAUGAUGGAGUCAGGGCAGUGAUCCCAGCUUGAGAACAAACCAGAGGUGUAAUGGUUACUCCCUCUGUAUACGUACAGUAUGUACCUAUAAAACUUGAAAAAAAGAAUUGAACAUUGACAUUGAACCUAAUUGGAUUAACAUUCAUGUUGGACAUGGAGAAUAUCAAAAAUAACUUAUCAGCUGUUUUACAUAAGCCGCUGGAUAUCAGAUUGGAAAACAGACCAGUACGAAAUCCAGCAAAGGGAGAGGUCCUCCUUUCGAUGAGAUCGGUGGGGAUCUGCGGAACAGAUAUCGAAGUAUGGCAUUCGGGCAAUGCUGGUGGGUUUGGUAUACUGCCAACAGUCAUGGGACAUGAGGGCAGUGGAGUCAUAUGCGCAAUUGGAGAAGGGGUCACUAAUGUCAAAGUGGGUGAUCGUGUGGCUCUAAUGGGAGGCGAUUCUUGCGAGAAAUGUGACCUCUGUAAAGAUGGAAAAUUCAAUUUAUGCUCAGAAUGGGGUUCAAACUUUCCAUGGGAUUUUCUGGCAAGAUAUGCAAUUCACACAAGAGCAGAGCAAUGCUUCAAGCUAGCUGACCAUGUGAGUUUUGAUGAAGGGGCACUUGCUGAACCACUGGCAGUAGCAACUAGGACUUGUACAAGAGCUGGUAUUACAGUUGGGGACAAUGUACUCGUGUGUGGGGCAGGCUCUGUUGGUUUACUAUGCAUGAUGGUGUCCAAAGCAAUGGGGGCUGCUACAGUAUGUGUCACAGAUAUCAACCAAUCAAAACUUGAUCUGGCCAAGAAGUUGGGUGCCAAUUUUACUGUCUUAGCAACUGGUAGCAGCAGUGAUGUAAAAAACAAAGUGACAGAUGCCAUUGGGUGUAUGCCAGAUAGAUCGGUAGAAUGUUCAGCUGCAGAGGCCAGUGUAAGAGCCGCUAUAUUGAGCACUAAAUCUGGUGGUACUGUCACACUAGUUGGCCUGUCUAACAAUGAAAUGACUCUGCCCAUCGUGAAUGCUGCCACAAGAGAGGUUGAUAUCUUAGGAGUACUUGCUUACACAAGAAAAGACUACGCCAGCGCUGUAAGUCUAAUGGCAACAGGCAGAGUAAAUGUGAAGCCUCUUAUAACACAUACAUUCAAACUGGAGGACACAUUGAAGGCGUAUGAACUAGUCAAGAACCAAGAGGAUGGAGUUGUUAAGACAAUCAUAAGGUGCAAUGACUUUGAAUGA